GUUCUCUCUUCCACCAAUAAAAACUGGGCGCCACCAUAUAACUGAAAAAAUGUUGAGUGUGGCAGAAAACAUCGAGAGAGAAAAAUCAAAGUGGAUCAUACGGGGAAUUGGGUCACGUGUUCAAUCAAGCAUUUCGGUCGCCAUGACAGUUGGGGUAAAGGAGAAACAAUUGUUUACAUUAGACUAGAAAACUGCAAUCAUGGUCAAGGGAUGUUGUGUACAUGGCUGCACAGCGAACAGUUCAUCAAACUCAGAUAGAAACUUCUUUAUUAUACCAAAAGAGUCGAAUCGAAGAGAAAGAUGGCUUCGAGCAAUUAAUCGGGCCCAUGUGAACGAAGACGGAAGCGUCGAUCAGAAUAAGUUGUGGGCUCCAACAUCGGGGCAUAACUACGUGUGUUCUGCCCAUUUUGUAUCUGGUAAAAAAGUAAAUGACCCUUGUCAUCCUGACUUUGUGCCCUCGGUAUUUCCUCAAAAUGAGGAUUCUGCCUUCAGCAAAUCCUCGAAGAAAGUGGAAAGGUACAAGCGUACCUUGAAGCGACAUAUUGCAGAAACAGAGUCUGGAGGACAGAAGGUCACUGCCAGAAAGAAGCUUAAACUACUUGACCAGCAGUCACCUGAAUAUCAUAAAAGAACUUUGAGUGAACAUUCAUAUGUUAAAAACCUACAGAUAGAUAUUGACGAACACUCAGGCGAAGUGAAUUGUGAUGAGUCUUGUGAUUAUUAUCCAAACAGUGUGUCUGUUCAAACUGAUAUCCUUCCCAUAAGACAACCUUUAGAGGAGUCAGAGAGGUAACAGCUGUACGAGGAAAUCGCAAACUUAAGGCAGGAGAGAGAUGAAGCUUUGGCGAGAAACUUGUUAGUGCAAGUACACUUAAUUCCAAUUCUGUGGAGGGAAACGGCGAGGCAUGUAAAAUGAUAACUGGCAUUUCAUGGGGAGUAUUCCUUCAUCUUUUCAACUUUCUGUCCACAUUUAUAAAACACUCAGCAGCAAGUACCAUUCCACCCAAGGAACAGUUGUUUCUAACCUUGAUAAAACUGCACCAUAAUUUGACUUUUGAAUUUCUUGCUCAUGCAAAAGGCAUACCGAAAUCAACAACUGUUGGUUAUUUUUGGAAGUGGAUGGAUAUAAUGCAUACUAAGCUAGACUUUUUAAUUCGAUGGUCAGACCGAGAGAUAAUACACAGAACAAUUCCAACUGUAUUCAAGGCAAAGUUUCCUCGACUGACCUCUAUCAUCGAUUGUUUUGAGAUUUUUAUUGAAGCACCGAAGAACCUCCUCGCCCGUGCACAGUGUUACAGUAAAAUACAAGAGACAUACUACCAUUAAGUGUUUCAUUUCGUGCAACCCACUCGGAGCAAUCAACUUUUUGUCAAAAUGCUGGGGUGGAAGAGCAUCAGACUUAGAAAUAGUUAGAAAUUCUGGAUUUAUUGACUCUCAGUUACAUUCUCCAGGAGACCAAAUUUUAGCAGACAGGAUUUACCCUUGCUGAUGACUUUGCUGCACAGUGCAGUGCAGAGUUAAUCACUCCAGCUUUCACUAAACGGAAAAAACAGCUGUCUGCUAGGGAAGUGGAAAUCUCAAGGAAAGUUUCAUCUGUGAGAAUACACAUUGAGCGAGUAAUAGGAUGUAUGAAAAACAGAUUUAGCAUCCUGAAAGGUACUUUUUCUAUUCGCUGUAUUCAAAGCUUAAAGAAUGAGAAGUUGGAUGCAUCCUAUGCCAGCUGUGACAAAAUUUUAACUGUGUGUGCUGCCCUCACCAAUUUGGAACCAAGCAUUGUUUUUCAAGAGUAAUGCAUGUGAUUGUGUGACAGAGACAAGACCAUUAUUUUUUUCAAUUUUUAAUUUCUUUCAUGAAUAAUUCAAUAUGAUUGUGACAAUGACGAAACAUCAUUUUUCAAUCUGGAAUAAAUUAAUUGCAAUAUGAA